UUUUUCAAUAAAAUUUUUUUCUUCAGAGGCUUUCGGUCUUCAAUGGUUUACAUUUUCUUGUAUCGUUCUUCAUAUUAUGGAAUAUUUGAUUCUUUAAAAGUUUUUGCAUCAAAAUCUGGUUCUAGUUCUGGUAAAGAUGUGCAUUUUUUUGCAGCUUUUGCUUUUGGACAGGUCUCCGCACUUGUUGCCGCCUUAGUUUCAUAUCCAUUGGAUACAGUUAGACGACGAUUAAUGAUGCAGUCUGGAAGGGAUAAACAUGAAUAUACAGGGGCUACGGAUUGUAUUAAGCAAAUUUAUCAAAAAGAAGGUGGUCGUGCAUUUUUUAGCGGGUUCUUUGUUAAUGCUAUUCGUAGUUUUGGCGCAGCUUUAGUUUUGGCUAUUUAUAAUGAGCUGAAUAAACAUUUGUCUUGA